AUGGUUUACGUGCCGUACGUAAACGAGGCUCUGGGUGCUACUGCUGAUACCAUCAAGUAUUUGUUGUCGUCCGGAAGAAGCACAUCGUCCAAGCCUGUGGCAGUUAUUACGAACGUAAUCCAACCGUCUCAUUGUAGCAUGCUUGUCCGUUUGGCCGGUCUCUCUGGUGCGCUGGCGGUUCUGUGUGGCGCUUAUGGAUCCCAUGGUACGUUUGAGUUGCUUGCUCCGGAAGUAUCCAUCUAA